CUCAGAAGUGUUGUCCUGUCAUUGGUCCAAAGCGAGGAGUUUAAAUUCGAAAUUGCGACAAAUCACCAAAAGGUCGAGCAGUGUUCGAAAAAGUAUUUAUCGUGUGGAGUCCGUUACUUGCGAGAGCUAACACAAUGAGUUCAGUUCCUGUGAACGAUGAGAAUCGUGGGGUCUGCCCAGAAAGAAAGCACAGCGAAAGCGAUACAAGUUUAGAUAUCUUCUCACUGGAUCAACCGACAGGGAGACCCUCCAUUCUUCGUCAGUCUCAGGCAGAGAAUCUCCCCAACAAAUCAGUGGCGAAGGGAAUAAAGGUUUGUUUUCAGACCCCGAGAAGAGAUCCUGUCACAAAAAGAAUAGUUUCUCCCACAAAAUCCCUGAAAAUGACAAGUCUGGAUGAGUGUACCAAAGCCCUUGAGGCGUUGCAGUUGUCAACCACUUUACAGACUCAGGAAAGCACGGGGACAUUGGAUGGACCACAAUCAGAUUUUACAGAUGCGUUGCCUUUUCCUAAUGAGGACAUGCCCAUCCAGAGCAAAGGCGGUUAUCAGCUGGAUUUUGACAACCUCGACGCCAUGAACCCCUUCCAAGGAGCUCCUCAAAUGAUCCCCUCUCCUCCAAGGCCUUGCGAAUCAGUCGAGGAACCCAUGCCUGCAGUACAGAAUGAACUGGCCACCGGUGAUGCAUUCACUCCUGAGGAGAGAUCAGAAGAGUUUGUCACAGCGCUCGAUGAGACCCUCCCAUUCCUCCCGUCAGUGGAGAACUCCAUCGCUGACAUGUCCGGCAACAUCACCUCCACAGACAGCAGUGUGAUCGUGAUGGCUAAGAGUUCUGCCUUCGAGUUUCAAGACGUAUCAAACAGCGAGGAGGAGCCGCCUGCCGUGUCGUCCGACUGCCUCGAUCCGGACGAGGCAUUAUCUCGCUCCUCUGUCUUCGAGGAUGCUCCCCUACCCACCAAGGGUUCUUACAAUUUCGAUUUUGAUGACCUAGAUUCAGUCAACCCUUUCCAGAUGGGAGGCUCCAAAAUUCAGAAUUCUCCAGCGCUUGGCAGGAAGCUAACGUGUGAAGAUCCACCUGCUGCAGUGGAACGCCAGGAGUUGGAGGUGGGUGGUGGAAUGGAAGCUGAGGUCUUGACGAUGUCUCAGCCAAUCGUAGAGACCCCUGUCCUUCCAGAGAAGCAGGAAAUGGAAGCUGAGGUCUUGACGGUUUCUCAGCCAAUCGUAGAGACCCCUGUCCUUCCAGAGAAGCAGGAAAUGGAAGCUGAGGUCUUGACGGUUUCUCAGCCAAUCGUAGAGACCCCUGUCCUUCCAGAGAAGCAGGAAAUGGAAGCUGAGGUCUUGACGGUGUCUCAGCCAAUCCUAGAGACCCCUGUCCUUCCAGAGAUGAAGCCCAUUGCUGCAAUGUCCCCUACUUCCAGCCAGCCACCUGCUGAAUCCCUGCUUCCUCCCAAAGAAGGCGCAGUCAAACUAGAGUUCAAUUUUGAUGAUGGAGCAGUAAAACACAAGCCUCCUCCUAAAAAGUUUGGCAAAAGACCAGCAGGCAUGAAGGCAACAGCAAAGAAGCCAGUACCUGAAAAGAAGGAUUCCGUCUCAUCUCAGAGCCCUCCAGUAAAGCAAGCGGAUGAUGCUGUUGCUGAAGUGGCAGUGCCCAAGGGCUCUUACGCCUUUGACUUUGACAAGUUGGAUGACCCCAACUAUAAUCCCUUCGGUUCGAAUGCUAAAAUGACCGACUCUCCUAAGUGUGGUGUGAUGUCCAGUCCACAGGGUAAGACACCCUCUCCAGUUGAAGAGGUUGCUACUGAGCAGAUGGAUGAGCCUGUCGAGCAAAAUACUUCAUCACCCCCAAUCGGUGUUUCUUGUGAGGGAGAUGACAGCCCAGCGACUGUCAUUCGCUUGGACACUAACCCGAAGAAGGAAAGUGAGUUUGGAAUCCCUGUAACGGAUGUGUCUACUCUUGCCAUUGGACACAUCCACCAGGGCCAUGAUCACCUGACCCAGACACAUGAGCGAUUGGACAAUGCUACUGGCUUCCUGGGAGUGAAUGACAUUGCACAGUGUCAGCAGCCCCUGCCUGGCCCUCUGAACGAUCAGGAAUCCACCAGAGAACCAGCCCAGCCUGUGCUCAGCACUCCAGAAUUUGCCCAUUUUGAACAGGCUCCAAAAAAUGGCAUGGAACCCAUGGAGGACUUUGUUCCCGGAGCAAUGUUUAUGUCGAAUGACUUUGACGGUCAGAUGGACUACCUGGAGCAGUUUGGAUCCACCACUUUCAAGGAGUCUGCACUGAGGAAACAGUCGUUGUACCUGAAGUUUGACCCCCUGCUUAGGGAGAGCCCUAAGAAGGCUGGCGGUGCUCCAGGGUUGGACAACCUCCCUCGCCCUGCUGCCUUCGCCUCCCGUAUGGAGACGAACCGUUCCGGCGCCAAGGAAAGCAUGAGCGUCCCGAAAAUGGAUGACUUCAGGUUUUCAGGCAUUCCAGCACAAAGCGCUCCUCUGCUAGAGAGUCUGGCCCCUGCCUUCUCCCAGCCCAGUAGCGAGGAUGCCAUCAUUGAAGUGCUGAAGUACAGUCAGAAGGACAUGGAUGAUGCCAUCGCGAGGGUCGAGGCACGGGAACAGGAGAAGGAGAAGCAGUGGGUGGCCAAGUAUGACGAGCUGUCUCUGGAUAACCAAGAGCUGAGGAACAUUCUCUCUGGGUAUGAAACCACGAUCGUUCAGAUGAUGGCGGAGCAUCAGAAGGAGAAGGACAUGGCCCAGUCUGCCCUCUGCAAGGUUCUGCAGGAGAAGGAGCAGAUCGCCACGGAUCUGAACGACAUGGAGAGGUCCCUCUCCGACCUCUGCAAGAGACUGGACAAACACAAGGAUGCCAUUGGGGGUUAUAAAAAGAACGAGGAGGUCCUGAAGAAGUGUGCUCAGGACUACCUGGCUGAGAUCAAGAAGGUGGAACAGCGCUACCAGGCGCUGAAAGCCCACGCAGAGGAGAAGAUCAGCUUGGCCAAUGGAGAGAUCGCUGAGGUGCGCUCCAAGCUGAAGUCUGAGUCUUCUGCUCUUAAAGCUCAGCUGCGCCGAGAACAGCUGAAGGUGCAGUCGCUGGACAAGAACCUGGACCAGAAAGUGAAAGAGGUCGAGGAACUGACCAGCCUUUGUGACGAGUUGAUCGCUAAAGUCCAGAAAGGUUGAUUUUUAUUCUGUACGUGUCUUGUUUGUUCCUGUCCUUAUUUGUGUACUGUAGUUGAGGCCUUUUUUCUCCAGAACAUUGUCAGAAUAGGGCUUUGUAAAUAAAUUGUAGCUGCUUAUGGAGAUCAAGCGGUGCCAGUAUUUGAUUUGCUCUUGCCUCUAAAUCCAUGUUUGUUGUUAGAUGUUUUCCUCAUCUUCUGAUCCAUACUGUUUUAUAGUAAUUAAUUAAACUUUCACUUUCA